CACUCUGCUCUCCACUCAAGCAAGUCAAGAACCAACAUCAACACACAAGCCAAACAUGCUCGCCCAACGCACACUCCUCCAAGCCUCACGAGCAACCCUCUCAACAACACCAACCCGCCUCAUCCACUCCACACCCAAACUCCUCCAAGCAGCGGCAAGAGAAGAACAAGCCGCCCACACAGCAUCCCAACGAGUGAGAUAUUGGAUCAAAUCCUUGCCCGUCGAAACAUAUCCUUUGUUCGUUGUUUGCGGAUUUUCUCUUAGUUUUGGUGUUUAUUCGUUUGUUAGGCCGGCGUUGCAGGAUCCGACGUUGAGGUUGAAGAGGAGUAUUGCUCAUGCUGCUGGUGGGCAUCAUUGAGAAAGUGGUGGCUUUGUUUUCUCGAAGCUGGUCACGAUGAGUCGGUCUCUGAUCUUCUACUGGUGUUUUGUGUUGCCGGUUUAUUUUUCUUCGGUCGGUGUUCCUUUAAUGGCAGGUGGUAAUGUUUAACUCUUCCGGGAUAAUUGUACAUAUCGAG